CCCCGGUCCUACUCGCAGAGCUGCCGCGCCGUCACGCACGCCCCGACACCUUCACAUCACCCACAGCGCCAGCUUCCGACUGGGCCCAGACUGCAACUGAGGCCUGCUGCUGCCGGCGUCUCUCUUUCUAUUUCAGCCCCAUAAGCCCGCCUGUCGGCCCAUCGUCUCGCAAUGUCGGGCAGCGGGGCGAGGGAAGCCGUCUUCCCCACACGGCAGUCGCUGGGAUUGAUGAAGAGCAAGUUAAAGGGCGCGCAGACCGGCCACGACUUGCUGAAGCGGAAGAGCGAGGCCCUCACCAAGCGGUUUCGAGAGAUAACGCGCCGCAUCGAUGAGGCGAAGCGCAAGAUGGGCCGGGUCAUGCAGAUUGCUGCAUUCUCGCUCGCCGAAGUCACAUAUGCCGUCGGCGGCGAUAUUGGCUACCAGAUCCAAGAGUCGGCAAAGCAGGCACGAUUCCGCGUACGCACCAAGCAGGAGAACGUCUCGGGUGUUUUCCUGCCGCAGUUCGAGAGCUACACGGCCGAGAGCAACAACGACUUCGCCCUGACGGGUCUGGGCAAGGGCGGUCAACAGGUGCAGAGGUGUAGAGAGACAUAUGCAAGGGCAGUGGAGACACUGGUCGAGUUGGCUAGUCUGCAGACCGCCUUCGUUAUAUUGGACGAAGUUAUCAAGGUUGUCAACCGCCGUGUAAACGCCAUUGAGCACGUCAUCAUCCCCAGGACCGAGAACACGAUCAAGUACAUCAACUCCGAGCUGGACGAGCUAGACAGAGAAGAGUUCUACCGCCUGAAGAAGGUAUCCGGGAAAAAACAGAGGGAUGCCGCUGCGGAAGAGCAAGCGAGAGCAGCGGCCAAGGCAUCUGCGGCCGAGAAGGAGGCUGCGGCCGAUGAAGCAGCAGAGACACAGGACCUGUUGGGCGAUAAGGAGAACGAGGACGUCAUCUUCUGAGGACAGUUACCCAUAAGGCAUUGGCGGUCCAUAGUGGAUAUCCGGACGAUACGAGCGACGAUCCCACGGACCCUGUGCAUAAUGAUCGUGCUGCUCUCGUUCGAAAUGUUCCUUUGACCUGAAGCCUACGCCACCUCCGAACUGAUGGGUCGGAGUGAACGCCUGAGGUGCAGAUCGGAUCGGUAAAGUUUCCCUAAGUAGCCAGAUGAUAAGUACUCUGUGACAGUAAAUGUGCAUAUAACGACAGAACACGACUGUAUUGUGUUCGUUUUCGAGGUAUCAUAAAUCCAAACGCAUAAAUCCACU